AUGGUACAGGUAUGGAUAUAUCCGCAACCGGGUGCAAUCGUCGACAACACAACUAACCACUCCCUAGACUCGGCUGAUGGGUCUCGCCCACCAGACCCUCAAGCCGGUUCUCCUACCAAUUUCACCUUUGUGCAUCAGGCUGAGGACUUGGUUUCGGUGUCUCACAGAAGGAUCAGCAACAGAGAGCAACGGCAUGCUAUCCGCUCCCAUGUCAUGCAACGCGUUCGCCAGGUGGAGUUGGCUCAAGGGAAAAAGAGGUCAAUUGGGCGCCACCGUCCCAAUGACAGCAGCAAGUCCAACGCCCGAAGCGAAUCUACUCACUCUGAACCAUCCUUGAGCAACGAAUCAAUCGACCGCAGCGCCAGUAGUCCAAUGAUCGGUCCUGGGACUGAUAUAAUUCGGCAUACGCAGUCUCCCCUUCCGUCCCCACGCCUCAAUAUUACCCCAGCUGCGCAAUCCUUUGAUCCAUUUGAUACCUUACCGACAAACAGUUUGCCUCGCCAGACUUCAGAAAGUUUACUACAGUAUUGCUUUGAUGUGAUGCUCCCCCUGUCGUUCUGUGUUGAGACGAGGCAAGCUCAUGCUAGACUUGCCCGGCAACAAAUGGUUAUGCAUAGCAAGAUGUCGAACCCUGCCACAUUCCUUGGCUUCAUGGCCACGACUGCAGCUCACCGGGCUGUCUUCUAUGGCAGACAUGAAGACCUUGCACCUGCCAAUGCCAAUGCCAAUGCGAACCACGAUGACCGCAUCCUCGACCCAGACUACAUCAGAGUGAAAAAUGAAGCAAUGGUGGCCGUUCGUCGGACGUUCGAACAGCGUGCGGAUGUAGAUUACCAGAUGGUCGAGGCCUGCUUUGGGCUGAUAUCGGCCGCUACAGUCGUGGGCAAUUUUGCAGAGGCUCGAAUACAUCUAAACAUUCUCGAGCGUUUAACUUCACGGAUGAACUUGCCUGAGGAGACGAUGAUGUGGUUACCACUGUCCAAUGUCAAAGUCUCGGUUGGACUACUUGUGCGCCCUGUCCUUCCGCUACUGAUCACGCGCGAACCUUUACCUGAAGAGAUUCUAUCCCGUGCUGAUCAGCAUCUUCCCGCUGAGAUGACUCGCAUGGGACAGAACUUCAGGGAGCUGCAAAAUAUUAGCCGGCCCUUGAAACUACUCUUCAUUGUCUCCAGUGACAUAUGCCGUCUUUGCGAAAUGCAGACCACACCUCGUGGACGUCCGUCACCUGCAGAAACCCUGAGCUUGCGGCGGAAAGCGACUGAGGUAGAAUAUGAUCUGCUGGCAUAUCCCUAUGAAACAGAGAUUUUCUCCCGCAACAGCGACAACGAGCCAGACAUACCAGCGUUAGAAGGUGUCGUCCGCCUCGCAGGCCUGGGAAUGCUGUCCGUUGCUCCUCACACAAUCCUCGCGGCCAGCGGGAUCGGGAGGGCUCUGACUCACCAUCAGAAAAAGGUGUUUGAAAAAUGGAUGCGCGAAAAACGGUCUGAGGACGCGGACGAGGCGAUAGUCAUCUGUUGGGCUCUCUUCGUCUUUGUCCAAAACGCCCUGAAGCAGCCGGAACAGAUGUUCUUCACAGACUCGUUGGCGCAGGUCGCCCAGGAGCUGGGACUCUCGACCUGGGAGGAGGUCGAGCAGGUCAUGUUCGGACUGCUGUACAUGCCGUGGCUGCAGUCUUCGAUCUGGCAAGGCAUCUGGGCGGAUGCUUGUAGGGUCAACGACUCGACUCGUCUACAUCAACACGGGAUUCAAUAA